AUUGGUAACGGAAGUUUUGGCGGGCACAUCAUUGUACGAAUAAACCAAUAGGGAUGUAGGGGUGUGGUUUACAUGAGCCAAUGAGGACGAGGCCGGGAGUAUAAAUGAUCUGCACGGUCCGCUCCUCACCUCAUUCUCUUGCUGUGUACAGAUCUCUGCAGAGCCAUGGCCAGAACCAAGCAGACAGCGCGUAAGUCCACCGGCGGGAAAGCUCCCCGCAAGCAGCUGGCCACUAAGGCCGCCAGGAAGAGCGCCCCCGCCACUGGCGGAGUCAAGAAGCCUCACCGCUACCGCCCCGGGACCGUCGCUCUCCGGGAGAUCCGGCGCUACCAGAAGUCCACCGAGCUGCUCAUCCGGAAGCUGCCCUUCCAGCGCCUGGUGAGAGAGAUCGCCCAGGACUUCAAGACCGACCUUCGCUUCCAGAGCUCGGCCGUCAUGGCCCUGCAGGAGGCCAGCGAGGCUUACCUGGUCGGGCUCUUCGAGGACACCAACCUCUGCGCCAUCCACGCCAAGCGGGUCACCAUCAUGCCCAAGGACAUCCAGCUGGCCCGCAGGAUCCGAGGGGAGAGGGCUUAGAUCUGCGCCCCGCACCCAACAAAGGCUCUUCUCAGAGCCACCACCUCCUCCAGAGACGAGCUCCACUCCGCCCUUCAUUCUCCACCUCUGCUCACAGGAGGCGGGUUAACCCUUUCAGCGCUCUAAUUAGUAAGAGCAGUUCCUUUAUUCUAAAAGCGCUCUCUGUAUCUCCCCCCGUCUAUCAGGGACUCGCUGACCGUGACCGAU